CCUGCACGUCCUCGCGGCCAUUAGCGCACCCCGACCUCGCCUCUCCCCAUCUAGGGUUUCUCUCUCUCUCCUCCCUGCCCCUCCCUCCCAUCCCUAAUUAGCAGCUUGUCAUGGAAUCAUCGCGGUCUCGGAAGCGAACGCGCCAAGCGUAUGACGACCCCGACGCGCCGCUGCCUGAGCGGGAGGUGGUACCCAGGGGCGGUGCGUCGCCUCCGUGGAGAGAGGACGACCGCGACGGCCACUACGUGUUCGAUCUCGGCGAGAACUUGACCCGCCGAUAUAAAAUUUUGAGCAAAAUGGGAGAAGGUUCGGGUUUUCUGCAAUCUGUCGUCUCCACUUCUGCUGGGUAUCUUCGCUAUUAUUCUAAUGAAGAGCGCUGCGAGUUGGAUUUUCGUAGGUACUUUUGGGCGUGUUUUGGAAUGCUGGGACCGUGAAACACGUGAAUAUGUUGCCAUAAAAGUUGUUCGGAGCAUCCGCAAAUACCGUGAUGCUGCAAUGAUUGAGAUAGAUGUGCUUAACCGCCUCGCAGAAAAUGAGAAAUACAGAUCACUCUGUGUCCAAAUUCAGAGAUGGUUUGACUAUCGUAAUCAUAUAUGCAUUGUUUUUGAGAAGCUUGGGCCAAGCUUGUAUGAUUUUCUAAAGCGAAAUAGAUACCAACCUUUCCCUAUGGAACUUGUGCGGGAGUUUGGACGGCAACUGUUGGAAUCUGUAGCAUAUAUGCAUGAAUUGCGGCUUAUCCACACUGAUCUGAAGCCAGAAAACAUACUUCUUGUGUCUUCUGAGUAUAUAAAGGUUCCAAGUUCAAAGAAGAGUUCACAAGAUGAGAUGCAUUUCAAGUGCUUGCCAAAGUCCAGUGCCAUAAAGCUGAUAGAUUUUGGUAGUACCGCCUUUGAUAAUCAGGAACAUAACUCGAUUGUAUCCACGAGGCAUUACAGGGCACCUGAAAUAAUCUUAGGCCUAGGCUGGAGUUCUCCAUGUGAUAUUUGGAGUGUUGGCUGUAUUCUUGUUGAGCUAUGCUCUGGGGAAGCAUUGUUUCAAACACACGAGAAUCUGGAACACCUAGCAAUGAUGGAGAGGGUUCUGGGACCUAUACCAGAGCAUAUGAUACGGAAAGCAAGUUCAUCUGCUCAAAAGUAUUUUAGGAGAGCAACGCGUUUAAAUUGGCCUGAAGGCGCUGUUUCAAGAGAAAGCAUCAGAGCUGUGAGAAAACUGGAUCGACUAAAGGACUUGGUAUCAAGGAGCGCUGACCAUUCAAGGGCAGCACUAGUGGACUUGCUAUACGGUCUAUUGCGAUUCGAGCCAUCGGAGCGUCUCAGUGCCCAAGAAGCUCUGGACCAUCCAUUCUUCAGAAAUCCGACAUGACUUGUUGAAGAGGCUCGACUCCGCCCCAUGUAACAUUGUAUGCCAAGAAGGUGGCUAGGAGAAAGCAGGCAAAGCCAUCCGUUACAAAGCUGAAGGCAUCUCGCUCCUCUGUACCAUGAAAUUGAUGUACGCCUGUUGACAAGGCUUUUUGUGGUGAAAAAGCUGAUGCUUCAGUUGGCCAAUGUAAUGUACACUAGCAUUUUUUCCUAGGGAGCUUUAGCGCGCCAGAUGGCGCUUGUAGGUUGUUAACAGGUGCCUCGUGCUGUAAUGGCACCGUAGUGUUGAAAAAACAGAGUGUAAAGGGUAUGGUCUUGGGGUGGUGUCCGUGCAGCUGUGCUCCCGCGGUGGACCCUGUGCACACAUAUUUGAAAACAAGUAUGACAUACCUCUGACCUGAAAGUUCAACAGAAUGGAUGUCAUGGGUUUCUGAUUUGUUGCA